GACACAGAGUAGAUUAGAGUAAUUUUUGCUUGUUCUUAUUUCUCCCGUUUCUCGAUGUUUUUGUGUUUUCACAUUAUAUUAUUUUAAAUAUUCCAUAUACAUUAUUUACAAAUUUUGUUGUAAAAGUGUUGAGAGAUAUAAAUAAAAAUAUGGCUCAAAGAGAACGUCGCUCGAAUGCUGGCAAUCGCAUGGCCAAAUUGCUUGAUGAAGAGGAAGAAGAUGAAUUCUAUAAAACAACUUACGGUGGGUUCCAGGACGUCGAAGAAGACAGAGAUUACAUACAAGAAAAAGAACAAGAUGAUGUUGUGGAUUCAGAUUUUGAUAUAGAUGAAGAUGACGAGCCCCACUCUGAUCAAGAGGCAGAAUCCAAGGAGAAGAGGAAAACAAAUGCAAAUGUUUAUAAGGAUCCCAACAGAAAAAAGAAAUCGGAAAAACCUAAAAAACCAGUUGGAAGGAAAACAAAAGAACCAAAGCCUAAAGAAGAAAAGACUGAAAAAUCAGAAAAAAUAACAACACUUGACACAUCUACAUCAGGUACAGAACGAAAAUCCAUCAGACAAAGCACAGCAGUAAAAUCAGCAGAAACACAACAGCGGAUAAAGAUAAGAUCAGAGUUGAAGAAGAAAAAACCAAAGAAAGUAGAAGAAAAAUGGCCAACACAAGAGGAAUUGUUGGAAGAGGCACUUGAAACAGAAAAAGAAAAUUUAAAAAGCUUAGAGAGAUUUGAACAAAUUGAAAUGGAGAGGAAGAAAAUUAGACCUACAAAGAAAACGAUUACCGGACCGGUUAUUAGAUAUCACUCCUUUGCUGUGCCAUUAAUAGAAGAAGUGACAGAAGAGAAACCCACUGUACCUAGUACGGAAGAUAUCACGCUGAGUGAUGUGAUAAAAAAUGAAGAUGUGGUAAUGUCAACAGGGGAAGGAAGCAGUACAAAUGUAACAAUGACAGAACCAAAGACUGAAACAAUCGAAGAGAAAAUAGAGAAGAUGGAUACGGAUACAAAAAUAGAUGUAGAAGUCACAGGCCCUGACGAGGAAGUUGACGUCCAGAAAUUUAAAAGUAAAGACGAGAAACCCCAGAAAGAGCAGACCAAAAAUAUCAAAUACCACGAGCGCACAUUGAUAUCGUUCGAGAACGACAUAAAGGAUAUAGCGUUCAAAGCUUGUUUCCCGAAGUCGCGACCAAAGAGACGGCGGGAUCUACUCUGUGCUGUUACUAAGAAGCCAGCUCGCUACAUAGAUCCUGUAACAAAACUGCCAUACAGAAGCGUUGAUGCCUUUAGAAUAAUAAGAGAGGCAUACUACCAACAACUGGAGGCUAGAGGUGAUCGGUCAGACCCUCAAGUGGCCGCGUGGUUGCAGUGGAGGCGAGCGGAUGCCGCAUCAACUUACGUUCAAAUACAUAUAAAGUGAAUUGUGAACUCUAUGCCACGGUAAUUAGUCACAAUUUAUCUUUUAUACAGGGUUAGUCGUAAAGACCAUAUUCCUUCUUAAUGGGGCGAAAACACGCCUGUAAUUCCUCUGAUGCUGCGAAUAUCUAUGGGCGCCGGUAAUCACUUACCAGGUGAGCCUCAUGCUGGUUUGCUUCCUAUAUCUAAAAAAAGAGUAUAUUAAAUUCAAACCUUGUUAUAGUAUUCACAAAGGCGAAUGUUUCCCUAAAAAGUAAAUUUUAAAUCACGUAAUAAUUUUGAAUAUUUCCAUACCAGCCACGGUCGUUAUCAUAAGAGACGUUGAAGAAAUAUAUUCAGAUUUUGACUUUUAGUGGCAAAUUGUUAGUAUUAUAAAUCUGUCAUUGGGUCUCGCCUUGUUACUACCAACUAUGGCUAACCUUGUGUACAGUCAACGUCAAAAGUAGAUGAACAUAUUAAGUUUUUAAACCUCCAUACUUUAUAUUAAGUAAAUUUAAAUUUAGUAUAAAUUUAAAUUUACUUCAUUUUCAUUUAUUGUUAGUGCUAACCUAGUUGAGAUACGUAUUUGCAUACAGCAUUUAUAAGUUUUAAAAAUGUGUAAUUUUGCGAGAAAUCAAAAAAUCUAUAUGUCAUAUAUUGACGUACGUCAUAUAUUAUAUCCUCAAUAGUCAGAUCGUCAAUGGGGGGAGGGGGAGAGGAUUUUUAGCAAUGAGGACUAGAAACCCCCAUGUAGGGUAUAUUCUUAGUAAGCUAGGAAUAUAACCCAUCAGGUCGACCUCCAUAAGCCCUCCCCCUAAAACCGUCGUUGUGAAUUGUGCCUAAUUGACCUAAUUUCAUUCUCACAUAUCGUCCUACGUUGGUGUCCUGUCAGCGUAUACUGAUAAAAAUAGUCUGUGUUUUUACCAGCUUUCAAUUUAUUGUAUUGAUAGCGUUGAUUCUUAAUACUUGUAUGGAAUUUUCAAUUAAUAAACAAUAAAUAGAAUAAUAUGGCGAAGCUUAUCAAGUAUUCAUAAUACGUACAUGUGUAUGUUAUUGUGAAUUAACAAUAUUUGUUACAAUAUUAAUUUUAUAUUUAUAAUGUUAGUAAAAUAAUUAUAACUAUCCAUAUGUCAUACUGUUUCAUUCAUUCAUUCAUUUACAUAGUGCCGUCUAGUCCUAGCUUAGCAGAGCUUGUACUAUAACUGCUUGUACUGCUAUUGGAAGAUCUAUCUAGAACAAAUUGUAUUGCAAUCCAGAAAUUAACAAAGAUAAUUGUAUUAUUAAAAUUAGUAUAAAUAGUUGCAAUUAUUUAUUUUUAUUAAAUUUUGUAUGUAACAAUG